UUAUAAAUAUAAAAAAAGGGUUAAUACCAUAAAAGCCAUAAGUUUUACACUCCGAUUCUAAAUUAGCCCUAAAUGGAUUUUUUGUGUCUAAUUAGUCAUUAUGUAUGUGUUGACUUUUUCCUCAAGCCCUGUUAGCCGGUUUCCCCAGUUUCAGCCGGUUACCCUUUUUCAAAUAGGGGUUUUACCGUUAGAAACCCAUCUUCCACCUCCCACUUCUACAUUCUCCAACUUCUUCUACCACUCAACAACCUACUCAUGGCUAGUUCAUCUACAGGGUCUAUAGGGUCAAUGACUUCAGGAUUUCAAAAUGUUAAUGCCAAUGUCAGGAACAGAAACAACUCCAUGGGUUUGGGUCAUUGUGGUGUUGAGGCGAGCUUCUCAAUUUCGUAGACGGACAAGAAUCCUAGAAGAAAAUAUAGGGGAUGCACCAACUACAAGGUAUAGUAAGUUCUUCAUGUGGCUAGACCAACCUUUGCCUAGUGAAGAUUACAAAAACCUAAUGUACCAAAUGCAUUUAGCUAUGGUUGGUAUGGCUGAUCGCAAUGCUCAGUUGGAACAGGUGAAUGUGGAUCAAAAUAGGAGGUUGAUGUUGAUGAUGAAGCUGAUGUUCAUCAUGGUCAUGCUAUCUGCACUGAUGUUGGAAAUAGGGAUUGUAUUGCUAGUGAAAUUGUACGGAGUUAGGAAGUUAGAAAGUUAA